AGUUUAAAAUCAGGUCGGAAAGAAAAGAGAACAUAAGAGGGUCUGGAAUUGGCAGUGAUUUGUUGUUUAUCAGGAUAUCAUUGCUAGUCUAAACAACUAUCUUUUUUCGCUUUAUUUGCAAAGCUGUUUUUAAAUAUUUCGUUUGCUAACCGCAUAUCUGACCAAACAUAUGGCCAAGGCCGUAUAGCGUAUGAGAUAAAAGCGCCUUGGAUUGGGAAAACGGAUGUCUCUAUUUAAAUUCAACCUAUCGUCUCGUAAAAUCGACAAUUUAGCACUUACUCUUUAGAUGUAAACUCAGUAAAAGAUAAUAACAAUCCAUGGGAUAUUGGCACUUAUAUUUUUUACCUUUAUUUUUCGGGGGGCUUUCAGCACAUUUAAGCAGUGGUUUAUCGGGAAAACAGCCAAGGGCUAUUCGUUUACGGUGGAAAUGAAGACGGGAGAUUUGACCUUUUGAAUCUCCUUCCUGAAUCUCAUUUUUUUUUUUUUGCAAUUCUUGGAUCCAUGCCGCGAUACCUUUUUUGCAAGAAUGGAUACAGAAAAGAAACAAAUUUACUGCAAACUCUCCAGAAAACUCUGACAUUAAUGAAAGAAAAGCUGUUAUUUGGAGCGGUACAGGUGGAAAGUUUCAUUAAAUAUCCGCAACGGACGUCUCGAGUACUAAACUCACAACGUUGAUCUAUGUGUUUAGACUGAGCCGAUAAAUGAUGUGAUGCAUUUAGCAUAUUGUGCUAGCUAAAAGAGCUUUCGGAUUGAUUGGGUAAUAAAUGUCGAUAUCAGAAAACUGACAACUAGAAGUCCACCAAUGAGAUCUCAAGCAACGCUAUUAUUCGGUUCGCAUAUUCACUAGGGCGUUAUCACGCUUCGCACAUCGCAGAUAUGACAUAUAUAUCCUGAUUAUUGAAACGCACUGAAUUGUAUACGACGUUAUUUUUGACGUUGAAUCCCUAGUAUGAUAGAGCCAUGUUUGACAACUGGAUGGAGGAGUGUCCCUGCUGCUCAGUGUUUCUUAACAUCCUCUCUUUCUCGUGCUUUGUUGUCACCAUGUGGGCCGUCGGGGAUAAAACAGAACGCGAUGGCCUCGCGCCACGCGACAUUGCGGCACUGCCAGCCGUUUUGUUUCUUCUGCUGUACGCAUUUUACCUCUUGGAAUGCUACCGCUCUGCGACGAGACGGUGUUUGAGUAUAGUUAAGAAAGAAUCCGCGAUGACGUUCAUCGACUCGAUCAGAAGACGGCCGCCUGUGAUUUUGUUCAAAGCAACUGGCUGGCAUUACGAAAAGAAGCAAAGGGCGAUUCCUUACAGAGAUGGAAGAGGAAAACUGAGGGAACGAAUCGAGACGUAUCAGGAGAGAGUCGUUACUUUUGACGAAACAGAAGCUUUUAGUUUCACAGGAUGGGCUGACAUUACUGAACUCCCAGAAGGAUUAGAAAAUUACAGUUUGACCAGAAUGGAAAUGAAGAAGGGAUUCCACUUUGCUGAUGAGCCAACGAAAAAUCUAUUUAAGAAUCUCUCUCAUGCUUUUCAAGCACGCAAUAGACAUCGGGAUAGAUACAUGGACUAUGAGGAAGAAGUUGUGAUAGACGGUUUCGAAGAUCACGUAAUUGCGUGUGUUGAUCCUUUGAAAAAGGAGUGGUGGAUUGCAACGAAGUGGUAUUGGAUUUUUUCUGCUCUAUUGAUGUCUUCAAUUCUUCGGUGGAUGAUUGUAAAAAGAACUCGUCGGUUGUCUGUGAAAAUUUCAAAGCAGGUGGUUGUCAGUUUUUGACGGUUCUUUUAGGAGACAAUUAGUACGCUGGAUAAAACUGUUCUGGAUCGACGUUUUACGACAAAAAAUUGAAGCAAGCAAAAAGAGUCAAAUUAUAUUAUGAUUAUCUUAAACCUUAUUAACUUCCACACGUGGGAAUUUAUUUUCACACGGAUCACGGAAAGAAGACUUGCAUUACAGCGUAUCUAAAUUUGCAGACUGAAUCACAAAAGUAGGGACAAUUGCGCGAUUUCUGAGACAUCCUAGUGUUAGACCAAUGCUGUUGUGCGAAGAACAUCGUUACGGUUUGUGAAAUACUUUUCAUGAAUUCGACGAGAUGGCACGAGGAAGGAGCAAUAAUCCAUCUAAACAGCGCUAUAAUCCUGUGAUACAUCAGCGGUUUAGAGAAUCAGAAAUUCACGGUUGUGGUGCUACCAGGUAAACCAAACAAAGUUAUUUCAAGCUGUCAUGCAAGAAAAUGAGAAAUGGCAAGCUCCUGGUAGAUGGACCCAGAAACACGUCCGGAAACUUUCCUGAAAACACAAACUGUAGUGUUUGCAGUUCUUGACCUAAAACGCUUUUAACCAGCAGUAUUUUGUAAAAUUGUGCGAGCUGAAGGCAGCCAUCUUCAAAACAGAUGGAAGAUCGAUCUGGUAGCGAGAACAGUUUAAAGACUUGAAAGAAGAUCAGUUUCUGAAAACAUUAUCGCAUUUCAGUGGCCAAAUAAGUUGUAAGUCUUUCUCAUACUUUCUUGUCAAAUUCUUGACAGAAAUUCCACUAACACGUAACGAUGUUCGUUGCAAAACAACACUUCAAUAUGACUCACUUUUCUCAAAAAUCACGUGAUUUUGCAUGCUUUUGUGAUUCAGAUACCAAAUUUGAACACGUUGUAACGAAAGCCUUUCUUGCGUGAUCCGUAUACAAAUAACUUUCCAUAGUGGAAAUAAAUCGCUUAAUCGCUUAGAUUGUUUCAUUUUUUUGUUGUAAAGUCGAUCCAGAACAGUUUUGCCCCGCGUAGUAGGAAUUAGGGAAUUGCAAUUCGCCGAAUGCUCAGACCAUGGAUGAUCUAUCUAUCUGUAUUUUCCCUUCAACUUGCUUUGUUAAGAUAAUUAUUUCUUUUCAACCUCAUAAGGAGGAAUGGGCUGCAAUUGUUUCAAACUUUGGAAACUCACAAAAUUAAAACUACAGUAUGUUAAAGUUUCUGACUUUUCCUUAACUUUAUUAGAAGUUUAAGCAUUUAAACUGUGGUU